AUUCCCCAAAAAAACAAACAAAAGCAGAACAUUUAAUUUGAGGACAGAGCCAAAACAGCCUUCAGAGGUACGUGUCAUGAGACCUUGAAUGCGUUGGCAGACGGAGAGCCCGCGAGCUCACAGUAGUGACCCUGCUCCCUCCAGCACUUGAAUUAGCGGAUUGAACCGGUUGGUUUUUUCUGAAUAGGCCAGUCUGUCGUCUUCCCUUGUUGCUGGCUUGCUGCUGCUACACAACCGUUCUCUCCCCGUUUCGGCCACACACAAAAUCACAAACUUUGCUCUCCCCUGAAGGAAUUCCGAUCCCCCUUCUCCCUCUAUCCAGUUUUUCUAUUAAAAGUUCGGUCCUUUUUGUGAUACAUGGGAUGGCGAAGCCAGAUAUAGUCAUAUAAAUAUGCUUUAUCUGGUGCUAUUGGAUACUGCUGCCUGGUUAAUUGGGGCGUGAAUCCAGUUUUUGGAUUCUCGUCUUCCGGGGGGAAGAAAAGAAGAAGAAAUUCUAUUUUUCUUCUUCUGAUUGUCUCUCCCCCUUCUGCAGGGACUGGAUUCUGAGGUUCUGUGCGGUUCAUGCAAAUCUGAGGGGAGAGACCUGCUGAUUGAUAUGGAGCUUUGAUUCUGCUACUGGAUUCUGAGGUUCUGUGCGGUUCAUGCAAAUCUGAGGGGAGAGACCUGCUGAUUGAUAUGGAGCUUUGAUUCUGCUGCUGGUUCUGAGAUCGUGAAAGUUUGGACUACUUGGGCGUUCUCUAGGUACCACUGAAAAUCAUUUGGCCUUCUUUGCGGAAGGCUAAUUCGCGUAGAUGACGAGUUAUUUAGGUGUUCAAGUCUCUGAUCCAACGCUGCAGAAUCAGUUCACUCAGGUGGAGCUUCGUAGCCUCAAAUCUAAAUUUACCGCAGUAAAGAACGAGAAAGGUAAAGUUACAAUUGGAGAUUUGCCAUCUUUGCUGGUGACAUUAAAAGCCUUUGCUUCAACAUUCAAGGAGGAAGAGGUUGCAGGCCUCUUAGCUCAAUCCUUUCCUGACUUGACUGUCGAUAUAGACUUUGAAGGGUUUCUCAGGGUGUACUUGAAUUUGCAAGGUCAAGCUAAUGCUAAAUCAGGGCAUUCAAAAACAGCCUCAGCAUUCCUCAAGGCAUCAAUAACCACUCUGCUUCACACUAUUAGCCAUUCUGAGCGAGCAUUAUAUGUAGCUCACAUAAACAGUUACCUUGAGGAUGACCCAUUUCUGAAGCAGUUUCUUCCCUUGGAUCCAGCGACAAAUGAUUUAUUUGAUCUUGCGAAGGAUGGAGUUCUUCUAUGUAAGCUUAUCAAUGUUGCUGUUCCUGGGACUAUUGAUGAGCGGGCAAUCAAUUGUAAAAAGAUUCUUAACUUGUGGGAGAGGAAUGAGAACCACACCCUUUGCCUCAACUCUGCAAAGGCUAUCGGUUGCACAGUGGUUAACAUUGGUACACAGGACUUGGUGGAAGCAAGAGUAGGUUUAAUCUACCUAAGAUUUGUUGCUAACAUAAUUCCAAUGAUUUUGCAGCCUCAUCUUGUGCUUGGUCUAAUUUCUCAGAUUAUAAAGAUUCAAUUGUUAGCAGAUCUCAACCUCAAGAAGACACCUCAGCUUGUGGAAUUGGUGGAGGACAACACUGAUAUAGAAGAGCUCAUGAGCUUGGCCCCUGAAAAGCUCUUAUUGAAAUGGAUGAAUUUCCAUCUGGGCAAAGCAGGCUAUGAAAAACGUGUUUCAAACUUCUCUUCCGACUUGAAGGAUGGAAGGGCUUAUGCCUACCUUCUUAAUGUUCUUGCACCAGAGCACUGCAAUCCAGCUACAUUGGACGCUAAGACUGCGCUUGAGAGGGCUACACUAGUACUUGAUCAUGCUGAGAAAAUGGGCUGCAAACGGUAUUUGAAACCAACUGAUAUUGUUGAAGGCUCAUCAAAUCUGAAUCUUGCCUUUGUAGCACAAAUAUUUCAUCGAAGGAGUGGCCUGAGUACAGAUGGCAAAAAGUAUGCUUUUGCAGAGAUGAUGACAGAUGAUGUGCAAACAUCCAGAGAAGAGAGAUGCUUUAGAUUGUGGAUCAAUAGUCUUGGAGCUACCUAUUGUAACAACGUGUUUGAGGAUGUUAGGAAUGGGUGGAUACUUCUUGAAGUACUUGACAAGAUUAAACCCGGAUCAGUUAACUGGAAGCAUGCCACAAAACCUCCCAUCAAAAUGCCAUUCAGGAAAGUGGAGAAUUGCAAUCAGGUCAUAAAGAUUGGGAGGCAGUUGAAGUUUUCACUUGUUAAUCUAGCUGGCAAUGAUUUUGUGCAAGGAAAUAAGAAACUCAUACUCGCUUUCUUAUGGCAAUUGAUGAGAUAUUCCAUGCUUCAACUUUUGAAGAACUUGAGAUCACACUCUCAAGGGAAGGAAGUAACUGAUACAGAUAUCUUGCAUUGGGUGAAUAAAAAAGUUCGAAGUAUGGGGAGAACUUCCCGGAUUGAAAAUUUCAAGGAUAAGAGCAUAUCAAAUGGGAUAUUCUUCCUUGAGCUUCUCAGUUCUGUGGAACCCAGAGUUGUAAACUGGAACCUUGUCACGAAGGGCGAAAGUGAUGACGAAAAGAGACUGAAUGCUACAUACAUUAUCAGCGUGGCCAGGAAACUUGGCUGUUCCAUUUUCGUGUUGCCAGAAGACAUUAUGGAGGUGAACCAGAAGAUGAUUCUGACGCUAGCGGCGAGCAUUAUGUACUGGAGCCUCCAAAAAGCAGUGGAAGAAGGGGAGUCGCUGUCCCCGGCACCUUCCAGUUGCAACACAUGCAACGCUACACCUGAUGCAUCCCCGGCCCCUUCAGUUUGUGGUGAAGAUGAAAGCUCUUCCAUCGCCGGUGAUGUAUCAAGCUUGACCAUCGACGAUGCCGCGUCAGACACCACAGUUUCCUCGUCGCCUUUUGACAAUGAGGAAGUCACCUCUGCAGGAGGCGAGUGAUCCCAACCAGAAAAACAAAAAUAUGUAAAAAGAAAAGAAUCUCAAACUGAAGUCAAAACGGGUUUUGUGAUAUACAAGGCAAUAUACAUGUGCAGUAGAAAGAAAAAGUGUUGAAAGUCCAUGAUAUCAUCCCUUCAGUCAGAAUCACAAAAGGGAAAAAAUGAACAGGGAGGGAAACAUGGGGAUGAAGAAAAAGGGGUAAUACGAUUUUGUAGUUGCAUUUCAACUCGUGAAAGAAUAUGACAGAACAAGUUUGGCUUCUUUUCAUUUGCAGAGUAGGAUUGUAACAUGCAUCAUUCUUUGGACAUGAUUGAACUUGUCGUCAGCACCUUAAUAAACUCGGAAUUCUCCGGUUUCUUCGCUUACAAGAAACAACAAUGGAAUGAAGGAUACCAAAGAGAGAGUCAGUCACAUGACUCAAACUUGGAACGUUGCGAUUGUUCAACCCUUGCACAUUCUAUCCCUGCUUCGAUCAAGGUUUCUCGUUGUGUUGGAUCUUCAAAGUGUCGAUGUAAGCCUUGCCGUCAAGCUGGCGGGAAAAGAGGCCAUUGUAGAACUCUCUGAUUGUCACCACCUUGAAAAGAGCCGGUGUCUCUUUUGUGAUCAAGCUAGCAGCAGGCCCGGUUUCACCAUCAUACCUUGGAGAAUGGAAGCAGGCAAUCGAGAGCCUUUCCUUAUCCGAAUUCACCAGUGCACGGUGCUCGAUGCUACGGAACCCAUCUUCCAUCUUUCUUUAUCUGCAGACCAUCCACUUGACCUACUUGCAGAAGGACGGUGAGACCAGUGCCAUCCGAAUGAGGAGUCAGCCCCAUAACUCUCUCUGGCUGGGGGCAUGGAGGGUAGUAGUUCAUCCUCAUCGUCUGCCUCACGUUCUCGUAAAAAUCCUUCAUUUCCUCGUCCCCUUCGAUCUUCAAAGCCUUUCCAACAUGUUUCAGGAUGGUGGAGGCCAGAUUCUUCACCUCCAACGAGUACUGCUCUACAGUAUCCCUACACACAAGAAAAUCACUCGAACGAGGCUUAAAGUCGAAUCGUUUUUUAUCCGCGAGUUUGAAAUCUAUGCAAACCUGAAAGGAAGAGGGAGGUUAGGGAGCAAGUGAGGCUUCCUCAGAUAGGGUGGCUGGGUGACCAAGUAGAAAAUGUCACUCCAGUCCAGCUUUUGUUCCUCGGAGACCACAAACGUCUGUCCAAACCCUUCAACCUCUCCUGGAAACUGCCACAGCUUCUUCUUCUCCUCCAUUGGCAGAUUGAAGAAUUCCUGAACCUGUGCCUUCAUCUCCUCCAACAGACCACUGCUUAUCCCAUGAUUUACCAACUGCACGAGCUCAUUCAAUGUUAAGCAGAAAUGGGCUUCAUUGUUAUAACGUAAUGGAGGGUUAGAAGGUAUGCAUACGGAUAACAGAUUCAAGGCAUUCCAACAUUCGGAGUAAUAACAUGCAUACUGGUGGUGAUCAUAUUCAUACCUGGAAAAAGCCCCAAUCUUUGCAGGCGGAGUGGAGCUUGGCGAGUUCAGAAUCCAUGGACUCUGGAUCGAGCAAGCUCUGGAGGUCAAUAACUGGAAGCUGAGGCUGCUGCUGAUGGAGUGAAGCAACAUCCUGAUCAUCAAGACGAGCAUAUCGGGGUGGAACAGUGGCCAAACCCUGUUGCUUCACCAAUUCCUGAACGCUAGGGACAAGUAGGGAGCUGCCAAUGCUCAUUCCAGCAGCAGUAUCGACCUGGCAAAGAACAAGCUGCAAGCGAACCCAAAUCAAUGCUUUCGUAGACCGUUUUCCACACACAUCAGAUUCUCAAGGUAUCGAGGUAUGCCUUCCCCUGAAUCUCACGAGAGAAGAAUCCCCUAAAGAACUCCUUAACGCUCACAUUCCUGAACAAGGCCGGCCUGUCUCCAGUCACCAAGCUCGGCGCAGGGUAGAUCUCCCCAUCGAACCUAGGAGAAUGGAAGCAAGCAAUCGACAGCCUCUCCUUCUCCGAGUUCACCGUCGCCCGAUGCUCGAUGCUCCGGUACACUCCAUUGGUUAUCAUCUCGAGAAUGUCACCGACGUUGACCACAAAAUCAUUGGGAAGGACCUUGACUGCCACCCAUUGCCCGUCUUUCUUGAUCUGCAAGCCUUCAACCUCAUUCACCUGCAAGAGGAUGGUGAGGCCAGUGCCGUCGGAGUGAGGUGUGAAGCCGAUGACUUUGUCAGGCUCCGGGCACGGAGGGUAGUAGUUCGUCCGCAUUGUCUGCCUUACGUUCCCCGAGAAUAUGUCCUUCAUUUCCUCUGGUUUCAUCUGCAGGGCUUUUGCCAUAUGGUCCAGUACUUGUGCUGCAAGGUUCCUUACCUCGAGCGAGUAGUUCUCCAAUGUGUCUCUGAACGGAAGGGGCAGCUUUGGGAGCAAGUGCGGCUUUCUGAGGUGGGGAGGCUGAGUGACGAGGAAGAAGACGUCGGCCCAAUCGAGCUUCUGCUCCUCAGAGACAACGAAUGCCUGCCCGAACCCUUCCAUUUCGCCUG